AAAUAAAAAUAAAAUAGGAGAAGUAGUAAGCGGCACCCGUCUCUCACUGUGUACAAACGUCAUAGUGGGGUUUUUCAACUUCUCCAUGGAUUUCCUUUUCUAAGGCAGGGAUUGAAUUUUGUGAGGGUUUGGUUGGGGUUUUUGCUUCUGGAAAACGAAUUCUGAAGAUCAGAGGAAUAAUACUGGUAUGGAGGAUUCCACUGCAAUGACUAUUGAGUUCCUCAGGGCAAGGUUGCUGUCUGAAAGAUCUGUGUCUAGAACAGCAAGACAGAGAGCUGAUGAACUAGCUCAAAGGGUAUGGGAGCUGGAGGAACAGCUUAAGAUUGUAUCUAUCCAAAGAAACAAAGCUGAGAAGGCAACUGCAGAUGUUCUUGCCAUAUUGGAGAACCAUGCCAUAAGUGAUGUUUCCUGGGAAUUUGAUUCAAGCUCUGACCAGGAAGUGGCCCUCUGUGAUUCUAAUGUGGGAGGUGGUUCCACAAAAGAAGUGGAAAGCUCUGUAAAUUCAAAAUCAAGGAGAAAUGAUGCUGAUGGUCUUUCAAGUUCUGAGCUUGAAUUUUCUCCAUCAACAGGUAGAAGAUUGUCUUGGAAAAGCAGCAAGGAUUCUUCACGUUCCAUUGAAAAAAGGUACUUGGAUUGUUCCAUUAGAAGGCGUGGCAGUUUUGCCUCCUCUGGUUCUUCUUCACCCAAACACAACCUUGGUAAAUCAUGCCGCCAGAUAAGACACAGAGAAACAAGAUCAGCAGUCGAUGAGUUAAAAGUUGGGCGUGGCAUGGUUGAUUCCCAAAAUAAUGGCAUCAUUUCCAGUUCUGAAGGUCUUCCUAAUGGCUUUGAUAGUGGGCAAGAGAUCUUAAGAGAAGGUUCUGAAAACCAGGAAGAGGAAGUUUUAAUGGACGGCCAAGUCUCAGAUAGCUUAGAAAGUCAGAGAGAUGCAACAGGUUCUAAUCAUCAUCUCAACCGAAAUGGAAGAGAUAGAGACAUGGAAAGGGCACUAGAGCAUCAAGCACAGCUCAUAGGCCAAUAUGAGGCAGAGGAAAAAGCACAAAGGGAGUGGGAGGAGAAAUUCAGAGAGAAUAACAGCAGUACACCGGAUUCAUGUGAACCUGGGAACCACUCUGAUGUCACUGAAGAAAGAGAUGAGGUCAAGCCACAAGCUCCAUCUGCUGCUGGGAUACUCACCUCUCAAGACCAGGGAACAAAGUUGGAUGACGAAGAUGUUCACUUCAAUGAAGAAUCAUCCCACACACUGCCCACUAUCUCUACCACUCAUUUACAUGGUGAUAUGGAAUGCUUGCAGGAGCAGAAUCGCAGCAGCAUGCUUGCUUAUGAAUCUUUAGCUCCAGACUUUGUGUUCCCAAUGGCUAAGGAAAACCUACACCAGGAGUUUUUAGAAAACCAGUCCUAUCCUCUUUCACAUAGCUCCCAUCACUAUCCAUGUUUGCAUGUAUCCCCUGGGGACCAUUCUGCAAAUGUCACUGACCAUUCUCUGCAUGUGGCAGACCAUCCUGCAAAUGUCAGGGACCAUUCUGGGCAUUCCACAGACCAUUCUGCUGAUGCCACAGACCAUUCUGGGCAUAUCACUGACCAUUCUGAACAUGUUGCCGACCAUUCUGCAGAUGUUCCUCUUCCAUCUUAUGUAGGAAGUAAAGGAGAAUCUUCACGGAGCCAGGACAAACACGAUGCCUUGGUGCCACGUGAAACAUCCAAUGAAUUGGGAGGUGUUUUGGAGGCUCUUCAACAAGCAAGGUUAUCACUCCAACACAAACUCAAUAGAUUACCACUAAUAGAAGGUGGGUCUGUUGGGAGAGCUAUAGAACCUUCUUUUCCUUCUACAAGAGCUUGGGAGAGAGUGGAGAUUCCUGUUGGAUGCGCUGGCCUUUUUAGAGUACCUGCUGAUUAUCAACUUGGAACUGCUACUGAAGCCAACUUCCUGGGUUCAGAUUCCCAAUCAAGUUUAAAAAAUUAUUAUCCCGAUACAGGGUUUGUAGCAAAUGCUGGUGAUCGAUUUCUCACCAGUCCUUACCUUAAGACUGGAUCAAGUGUUCCCACCGAUGAUAGCUUUCUCACCAGCCCGUACAGGGAGACUGGAUCAAGAAUUCCUCCUCUAAGGCCCUCUUUUGAUUAUUACUCUGAUGCAGGUUUAUCUGCUUCUACUAGAUACACCCAUCCCACUUAUUCCUCACAUCCAGAUUUGCUAUAUCGGAUGCCCUUUAAUGAAGGAUUUGCAAGACCCCCUCGGAAUAGCGAAGUUGGGAUACCUUCCACAGAUCACUUCUCAUUUUAUGAUGAUCACAUUAGACCAAAUAUGUAUAGAUAAUAACUUGCCACCGGUUUCAUGUUGUAGCUUCACUGACAAGGUUCCAGUAGUGUGAAUUUUGUAGUGUCAUAUUGGAUUUUUAAGUCAUAAGCCUCAAGAGACCAUUUUUUGUAUCCUAUGUUGUGAGUUUUGUAGUCAGAUAUUGGUUUUUUGGGUCAUAGUGGGGCCAUUUUCUGUAUCCUAUGUUGUGAGCUUGGUAGUGAGAUAUUGUUUCUUUUUUCUCUUCUUUUUUUCCAUGUCAUAGCUUUAAGAGGCCAUUUUCUGUAUGCUUUCUUCAUUGUAUUACUUAAAGAGACAUGGGUUUGUACACAGAUGCAAUAAUACAUAGGUCCUUUGUUGUUGUUUUCACUUA